CAUGUCGUUCUCUUAAAAAAAAAAAAAAAAAAAAAAAAGGAUUAUAGCAAAAGUAAACCAUGCUAACCUAGCGCAAUGCCCUUUCUAAAAGUGCAUAGCCUAAUCCAACACUACGGCCACAAUUCUAGACUCGCCCACGGAACUGACUAACAGGCAAAAACUUCCUCUCGAUUUAAAUGUGGAUUGUCAUCAGACACUGGGCACUGUAUUCAGCACUACUUAACGAAAACCAGUUUAAAGGUUACACUUUUUGCUUUCAGAGUUGUGAAUUACUCGUGAUUUAGUGUGAUUAACCCGUCUAUGGCCACUCAUGUGACUAACGCAAUAAACAGAUGUGAAGAGUUUGAGAUGACGCUCUUUCCGAGGCUAAUUUCCAAAUCUCGGACAGUUUCCUAAAGCCAUAUCCCAACGACACGAGCAUUACAGGCGACUUCACAGUUCCUCUGCAUUAAUAUGUCCAAAAACUUAACGUUUGCUUGAAGAUAGAUGUUGGAACAAUGACUGUUGCUGAAGACAACAAUUGUUGCGUAUCAAUCUGUCAGUGUUUUUUUGACUAUUCGACACCGAAAAUAUUGGUAAUACGAAGUAAGAAAGUUGGAGCAAUCAAUCGCAUUACCCAGGCUUUAGUAAUUGCCUAUAUAAUCGGGUAUGUCUGCGUAUUGAAUAAAGGUUACCAAGAUACAGACUCCGUUCUCAGUUCAGUUACCACCAAAGUGAAGGGAAUUGCUUUGACAAACACGUCUGACCUUGGCCUCCGGAUUUGGGACGUUGCUGACUACAUAAUUCCGCCACAGGUACCAUCAAGAUAUAAUGAAGACGAGGAGGAGAGCUCAUUCUUUGUGCUGACAAACCUGAUUGUGACUCAGAACCAAACUCAGACCCACUGUGCAGAGAUCCCAAGCGUAGCUUCUAUUUGCUCCUCUGACAAGGACUGCAAAGCUGGAUUUAGAGGCCCGCGAAGCAAUGGUGUGCAGACAGGUACAUGUGUGAACUUCAAUCACACAGUUAAAACGUGUGAGCUCUUUUCCUGGUGUCCUUUGGAAAGAGACAACGAGCCGCCCAAUCCUCCAAUGUUAUCAGAUGCAGAAAACUUCACAGUGCUGGUGAAGAAUAACAUCCGGUUUCCGAAGUUCAGCUUUAACAAAAGGAACAUCCUUCCACAUAUAAACAGCUCCUAUUUGGAGCACUGUGUCUUUAACCGCUCUACUGACCCAGAAUGCCCAAUCUUCAGGCUCAAAGACAUUGUGGAAGAGGCAGAAGAGGACUUCCAGACCAUGGCGAUUCAUGGUGGCGUGAUGGGGGUGCAGAUCAGAUGGGACUGUGAUCUAGACAUGCCGUACAGCUGGUGUGUGCCGCGGUACAACUUCCGCCGGCUCGACAACAAGGACCCAGAAAACACAGUGGCCCCAGGAUAUAAUUUCAGGUUUGCAAAGUAUUAUAAAGAUAGUGACAAUAAGGAUACGAGAACUUUAAUCAAGGGAUAUGGAAUUCGCUUUGACAUUAUGGUAUUUGGACAGGCUGGCAAAUUUAACAUUGUUCCAACACUGCUCAACAUAGGGGCUGGGUUGGCUCUCCUCGGCUUGGUCACAGUUGUUUGUGACUGGAUUGUCCUUACAUGCAUGACCAAGCGGCACCAUUACCGAGAACAGAAGUACACUUAUGUUGACGACUUUGGGCUGCUUCCUGAAGAAUAAGUGUGUCCCAUGGAACAGAUUAUCCAUAAUUGAAAUGACAACUGGGAAGUUGCAUGUUUCAAAUAUUAAACUGAUAUUAAAUAUG